AUGAUCCGAACCAAGAAUCGCUUGGAGAACAUCUUCAAGAGCGACCUUACAUUCUCCGGCUCGUCUUCGUUCCACCGUGCUUACCCGGAAGCACCCAACCCUUGUCUCAAGAUCACUGGCAUCGGAUCUAUUGGACUGCCUUUGAAUGUGCGAGAUGCGGAGGCGAUCAAGGCUCGCGCUCAGCAAGCCCCCUUUGGCAAGGCUACCAAGACAGUUGUAGACAAGUCAGUACGGGAUACGUGGGAGAUUGACGGCAAGCAAGUCGAGUUCGAGAACAGAGCUUGGGCUCCCUUCAUGGAUCGGGUCGUCCGAACCGUCUGUGAGACGCUGGGAGUAAACUACGAUGCCAGUCAACCUCGUUGCGAUUUAUACAAGCUCCUGCUAUAUGAGAAAGGCUCACAUUUCAAGCCUCAUGUCGAUACCGAGAAGGCGGACGGCAUGUUCGCUACGAUCGUGAUCGUGCUGCCUUCAAGGUUCAGUGGCGGCACCGUACAUGUUACCCAUGGUGACACCUCAGAAGUGAUAAACUGCAGCGUCAACAGUCACACUGACACGACUGUGCUCGCAUGGUAUACGGAUGUUCAGCACGAGGUGAAGCCUAUCACGAGCGGGUACCGGCUUGCCCUCUCCUUCAACCUCAUUCAUACCACAAAGUCAUUACGACCAGCUCUGCCAUCUCAGUCUGGUGCCGCCUCGCGCCUUCGCGAUGUCCUCACGUCAUGGAGGGACGGCGACGGUGGUCCCAGCAAGAUAAUGUAUCUGCUUAGCCACAAGUAUUCCCAGGCGAACCUCAGCGGAAGCGCGCUGAAGGGCGCGGACGCUCAGUUGGUUUCGACUCUGGAGGCUGUCGCGCGUCCCCUUGGCUUUCACCUGGGGUUCGCUAACCUGAUCUGUACUGAACAUGGAUAUGGGGACGCGAUGUCGUUUAGCGACGAGAUAUCGAUGAUUGAAGUGGAGGAAACCUCGGUGGAGCUGGAGAACCUCGUUGACUUGAGCGGGAGCCUCAUUAGACGUGUCUUUGAGUACGAUGUGAACAAGGAAGUUAUCCCCGAGAAAUUCGCCCGCGAGAUCACCUCCGGGGAGUAUGACGAGCAAGACGAUCAUGGAGGUUACACCGGGAACGAAGGCGCGACGAUCGAUCGAAUCUAUCUCCGGACCGUUGUGGUCAUCUGGCCGUCCUGGACGCAUUACGACAUUGUAUAUGGCGAGGACGCCUUUUGGCACGCGUGCGAGGAGCUCGAAUCCUCGACGACGACGUCUCCUACCCUGGAGGAGAACCAGCUAGUGCAGUAUAUCCUCAGCCGCGUGGAUGCGGAUGACGAGAAUGCUGACCAUGAGCAAGCCGUGUCCUCCGUCGCGACUGCUGCCGCUUGUAGAUGGAAGGACCUUGCACUGUGGAAGAAGACAAUGGACAAAUGUCUUCCGUAUCUCAGCCUGGCGAUGUCCUCGGUGGAGGAGAGUAUCUACACCGCUGUCGAGACGUUCGGAUUUGAAGCCGUCGAGUCAUUGAUGAAUGAUGUUCUAGAAGGUACCAUAUCCGAUGUGGAUGUCCUGGAGUUCCUGUCGCAGUUUGAGUCCUGGACCACCGGCAAACUGGCGAAGAAAGUCGCAGAACCUAUCAAGAGAUGGAUUGCGGAUCGACGAACGCACCGGCUCACGAACUUGACCGUAUCGAGCGGAGACGACUAUGGCCUGUUAGUCAGUCUCGUCCUCGAACAUUACGACGCCGAAUUCUUGGAAAAUAGCGUCGUUCCUCAAUUGAAGUCGCGCUGCAGACCUUCCGCGAUACCUGCCCUUGUCCAUAUUAUCAAUAGCCAGCCGAACAUAUCUUCGGAUGCUCGGACACGCAUGACGCGAGACCUCAUGGUCGUCGCCGUGGCCAAAAUUGAUUUCUACCCCGACUAUGAUUUCUACGAGCGUCGAUCGUCGACAGAGCUGGCGACCUCUUUCGUAGAAAUAUGUCUCCACUGUGGUUGGGAUGAUCUUCUCCUCAAGGUCCUUAGUCGCCUGAUGCAGGCUGAGGACCGGCAGUACGGCAUCGAAACAGGGAUUCCAGUUCUGUCUUGCAUCGGAGAGGCCGCUCGUGCUUAUCCUGCGAGCAAGCCCUUCCCCGAUGUGGUUCCCUUCGCUAAAUGGGUGGUCUCAUCAUACCUCGACGUGAUUGCCGCCCUCCCCCAUGAAAUCACUGCGAGCGACCUUAUCUCUAUUUGCGGAGCCCUAGAAGCGAUUGGCCAAUCGGGCUUGGCAGAAACUCAGCUUCUCCCCAAACUCGAGACCUUGCCGAUAUCACCUCACACCCUCAAGAGCCUCCUCGAUGGACUACAUGCCAAAGGCAAGGCUAUUGACCUCGAUAGGGGGCCAAUGAAGACGGUCAUGUCGCGCCUUGUGACCAAGUAUGCGACGAUCGUCGACUUCCGGCCUACUGGGUGGGGCCAUCCCAACAUCGACAAACAUCGAGUUGACGCAGCACACGAUGCUCUCAAGUACUGCGUGGAAGUGGGAGUUCCAGAUGCAUGCUUCGAGGUCCUGCAGCGGCUGUUCAGCAAAUCUGGGGAGCUGACCGCGGAGUUCUUGCGGUCCACAGUCAUCCCGCUCCUGAAGAAGCUUCAUCCUCUGCUCAAAAAGCACAAGCUUCGGGUUACUGCUGAUCCGAUCGCCGCGCCACUACGAACGCUGCUCCUUGACUGGGUCGGACAGGUGAUGGGACCGCAGCCAUCCGAUAGCACUCUCGCGCCCCUUCGCAGCUUAGACGACUGGACGUGUGCAUGCGAUUACUGCCCAAACGUCCGUCGUUGGCUCGCAGAGUCAGCCGAGUCGCGCCACACGUUCCCGCAUCUUGGAGCACCCAACAGGAAGCACAUCGAGAAGUUUUUCAAGGUGCACGCGCUGCACAUCGCAACCUGGCAAGCGGACAAUGCACGGCCUCAAGGGUUGGUGGUCGAGAAGCUGCCGAAGUUCAUCAAACCGAUGCAGUGGAAAGAGAACCAGAGCCAGGGCCGGAAGUUGCUCGAUGCAAUCAGUACCGACGCUCGAGAGCUACAAGCAAUACUCGGUCCGGACUAUGUGAUGCUUGCGACACAGUUAGGUGCGGACGCCCCACUUGCAUCACAAGGCAACACGGCUGCCGGUCCGUCCAAGACCAUAGCGAAGACUACCUCGAAUACGACAAAGAAGCGUCUGGACAAGGAGGCAGGAGAGGGCUCCGAGCGGCCGCCACCGACGAAGCGGAAGAAGAAGGAUACGUCGAAGGUGCUGGGGGACGUCAUCGACUUGACUUGA